AUGGCGACGGCCGAGCAUGCAAUUACGGUCAAUGAAGCGAUGGAGUUGCCCGUCCUCCCGCCUAACCAGGGGGUUGAGGCUAUGAAGGAUAUCGUCUUCGGAUCGUCCGCCGGAAUGGCAGGAAAAUUAAUAGAAUACCCCUUCGACACCGUAAAAGUCCGCCUCCAAUCCCAACCUGAACACCUUCCCCUCCGCUACACAGGACCCUUGGACUGUUUCCGCCAAUCCUUCCGAACCGAUGGCUUCAAGGGUCUAUACCGAGGCAUAUCCGCCCCCAUGACCGGCGCCGCCGUCGAAACAAGUUGUCUAUUCUUCAGUUACCGCAUCAUCCAAGAUGCGCUUCGGGCAACCGUGUUCCCGGGAAUCGAUCACCUUCCCUUCGCCGCAUUACUGUUCAGCGGUGCAGCGUCGGGUUCGGUUACAUCUCUCGCCCUCACACCCAUCGAGUUAAUUAAAUGCCGCAUGCAAGUCCCCUCCGAAACAUUCGGCGCGCAGCCCCGUCCACUCGCCCUAGUCGCAGACAUCUUUCGUCGCGAGGGAUUAAUCGGUUUCUGGCGUGGUCAGUUGGGUACACUUAUUCGGGAAACGGGUGGUUCUGCAGCUUGGUUUGGCGGGUAUGAGGGUGUGAGUAUGUUAUUUCGCAAAUAUAAUUUGAAAAACGCCGCCGCCAGCACCACCACCACCACCGCCACCGGGAACGACGGCGCCCUCUUCGUCCACCAACAAUUAAUAGCCGGAGCAACAGCGGGAAUUAGCUACAACUUCCUCUUCUACCCAGCCGAUACGAUCAAGUCCCGCUUACAAACGGAGGAUAUUUCACUCCGCCAACCCGGUGCCCAGAGACAGACGUUUUGGAGUGUUGGUCGGGCUCUUUGGAGACAGCAGGGUCUUAAGGGGAUGUAUCGUGGUUGUGGAAUUACUUGUGCGCGAUCAGCGCCGAGCUCGGCUUUUAUUUUUUCCGUUUAUGAGGGGUUGAGAUCAUUUUUUGGAUAA